UCCUUGCGUUUUGAACCAGUCUUGUCCUAUGGGAUAUACACAACGUUGUUUUCCUUUUUUUUUCCAGGGAAGGACUUACCUGAGACCAAAUACAAAUCAUGAUACUACAACAGUUACCUGUUCUGCUGCUUAUUUUGACCAUUAUGUGUUAUCAUUUAUUCCUAAACUAUAUUGCAGCAGCUCUCCUGAAAAAAGAAAAAGUUGUUUCCAUCUGAGAUUCAAAAAUUACUCGGGACAAGAACAAAUCCAACAGGAUGCUGCCACUCUUCUUGCUGCUUGCCACUCUGAUUCUGUUUUCCCCAGAAAUGGUGAAUUUUACGUCGGGCCAGCUUGACAAUAUCAUGUUUUCUUGCCCUUCUGAAUCUAAUAACACCGCGUCUGCAGAAUUUAGUCGCAACCUUGACAGGCUGCUUAGCAGAAAGCUUUAUGACGAGGGAGGCAAUGCCAUCUUUUACAGUACAACUCAAGGAAAAGACCCGGAUAAAGUUUAUGGCCUUUAUCUUUGCAGAGGUGAUGCUACUUCACAGGCAUGCCAGAAAUGCAUUGAGUUAGCAAGUUUUGAUAUUCUGCACAAUUGUAGCGGCACCAAGAAGGCUACUCUGUGGUACAGUGAUUGUCUAGUGCGCUAUUCUAAUGCAUAUUUCUUCUCUGAUUUGGAAACAGUACCAUCCAUUUAUUUGGCUAAUGUCAACAACUUUACUGGGCCAGAUACGUUUGAUCAAUUUUUGAGCCAAAUAUUACGUGGUCUCAUUGUGAAAGCAAGUUCUGAUGGCUUCAAAUUUGCAGUCAAUGAAACAUCCAUUUCCAAUUCUGGUUACAAUCUGUAUAGCUAUGUGCAGUGCAUACCAGAUUUGUCCGCAACAGACUGCCAGAACUGCACAAAUCAGGCUGCUUCUCUGAUUUUCACCGUUGCAGCAGGAAAGAUGGGUGCGAGAAUUCUUAUACCAAGUUGUAGUGUAAGGUUUGAGGUGUUGCCUUCAACAUUGGCCCCUGGACCAUCCAUUCCUGGUGGAGUGGGAAGAAAGAAAUCUGCAAUUACCGCAAUCAGUAUCUCCAUACCUGCAGCAAUUGUUUUAAUAUCAAUCUCUGGUUACAUUCUGUUGCUUAAGAGGAGACACAACAAAGCCAAAGAUGAAAAAGAAACAAUUAGGCAAGAGGUUCGACUACUUGUCCAAGAAGGUGGAAUAGGAGAGGACUGCUCAGGUGAAUUUUUGCUCGGACAGAAACAGAUGAAAUCUCAAGAACUGCCUUUGGUUCCAUUAAGUCUGGUACUAGAGGCAACACAGCAUUUCUGUAAAGAAAAUAAGCUUGGUGAAGGUGGUUUUGGCCCAGUGUACAAGGGUACAUUAGUGGAUGGUAAGAAAAUUGCAGUUAAGAGGCUAUCGAAAGCAUCUGGGCAAGGAGAGAAUGAGUUCAAGACUGAAAUUAUUUUGGUUGCCAAAUUACAACACAAAAACCUUGUGAGGCUAUUGGGAUGCUGCUUGGAGAGAGGAGAAUCACUGCUUAUAUAUGAGUACAUGCCAAACAAAAGUCUUGACUUCCACCUUUUUGAUUCGAGCAAGGCAACUGAACUAAACUGGAAAAGACGUCUAGCCAUCAUCGUGGGAAUUCCACGAGGUCUUCUGUAUCUCCAUGAAGAUUCAAGGCUUAGAAUCAUCCAUAGAGACCUCAAAGCUAGCAAUGUUUUGUUGGAUGAUGAUAUGAAUCCAAAGAUAUCAGACUUUGGAACAGCAAGGAUUUUUGGAGGGAAUCAAAAUGAAGCGAAUACAAAGAGAGUUGUUGGAACAUAUGGAUACAUGGCACCAGAGUAUGCAAUGGAGGGAAUCUUUUCAGUAAAAUCAGAUGUUUUUAGUUUUGGAGUCCUCCUCUUAGAGAUAAUAAGUGGGAGAAAGAACAAUGGUUUCCAUCUCUCAGAACAUGGAGAAAGCUUGAUCUCAUAUACAUGGAAAUCAUGGUCUAAAGGUCAAGGAUUGGAGGUGAUGGACCCAAUACUUGCACCAUCAUGUGUAGGAAGUGAUGUGCUUAAAUGCAUUCACAUUGGACUAUUAUGUGUGCAAGAAGAUCCAGCAGACAGACCCACAAUGUCAUCUGUAGCUGUUAUGUUGGCAAGUGAAUCUAUGGAACUUCCUAUACCAAUGCAACCUGCAUUUUCUGUUGGACGAGUAUUGGUUCAACCCACUUCGAAGGCUGAUCUCUUUUCUAUUAAUGAUGCAACUCUUUCAAAUGUGUCACCUCGGUGAUUAUUACUCAAACAAGUUGUAAAGAUAAUCUUGAGUCAUCAAUCUGUUCUCUAAGUUGACCAACAGGGAGAAAAAAGAAGAAAAUUUACUCAUUUCCGACUCUGGGAGAGAAGAGUUAAACAGGGGAAACAGAAUUCUUUAAUAAGACUUGAGCUGCAACUUUCUUAAAAUUCCUAGACAAUGUACAGUCUUUAUUGCCAUAUUUUUAGUUUGUUCCCCCAAACUGCCAAUGUACUGUAAUAAACAAUUGCUACACGAUCUGUAAGUGCAGAACCAAAAUGUUCUUGAGAAGAAUUUGACUGAAAUACCUUUUGAUAU